AUGGGACAGUGGUGGGUUGACUCUCGCAUCGAAGCUACCGUUACCCGGUCCUAUGUCGCCAGCCAACUCCUCCCGGAUGAGAUUGAGCGCCUAGAUCGUCCAGUCGCAUUUGGCGGCGAGGACUUGACAGAGCGCACCUACUGGGAGAGCAUUCGAAAUGAUGCGCCUCGUUUGUUCCUCAUUCUUGUCGACCUUGGUGUGCCGGAUCAGAUCUUCGGUGUUGUCGACGAUGGCUGGGAUGACGCUGAGCUACCGAUUGCCCUCGAGGACGUGGAUCGCCUCUUGUUGACAGCAACUCGUGAUGAGAAAGUCGAAAAGAAGUUUUACCAACGCCAGUUUCACUACCUUCUUAAGCCCUUGCAGCGAGGGAACCAUGUGGCGUACAAGGACAACGAAGUAGUACCCCUAGACGUCGUCGAGAAGCCUUCAUUGCCGACGCACAAGUCGCACGGAAACGACAAGGUCAGACUUCCAAAUGUUCCAGGGGAAGUCUUUUAUCGGAGACGGUACGUGCUGGGUAACGGACCUGGGACUAUGCCCGUGCAAGACUUUCUCGAUGCUGUCCAUGGGAUCAAGGGCCUGCAGAACGAGCACAUGAUCUCGUAUUGGGCGUCGUAUACGCAGCAUGGAUAUGGAUACGUUUUGUUUACGCCAGCAGGUGACUUUACUCUAAAGUCAUUCCUGGCGACGACACCAUCACAGUUCAAACAUCUUGCCAAAGCUCGUCGGAGGGAGCUUGUCAUGAACUGGAUUUUGUGUCUUGUCGACACACUCUGUGACUUCCACGGAAAGAAUCAAUCGCAUGGAUACAUCAAACCUUCGACCAUCUUCUUUACCAACCAAAAUCACGUCUUUUACUCCGACUCAACACGACUCACCCCCGACAACGUGAUUCUUCACACUGAUAAAUCGUCGUUUGAUCGUGAACGGUACGACUAUGCCGCGCCAGAACUGUGGUCUCGACCUGCAGGAGCGACGAGCCUAACCGGUAGAUUCCCGUCUGAUGAGCAUUUCGGUAUGGUGCAGACGUACGACCCGAGCGGCUCACCAACAGCCAUGUUCAUUGCGCCAAAUCCUCAGUUAAGCGGACAGCAAGCCGACAUCUUCUCAGUAGGCUGCAUCAUCCUGGAGCUUUUAUCAUUCCUAGUCAAACGGACGACGAGCAAGUUUGCGACCUUUCGAUCAGCGAAACACAAGACGGCUGGCCGAGGCGGUGCGGUGUUGGAUACGUCUUUCCACAAGAACCUAGGACAGGUGGAAGCGUGGAUGUCAGGUCUUGCCAAAGAUGCGUCUCGAAAGUCAUCGUCGAGCAAAGAUGGCGCGAAUAUUCUCAAGGGUGUAACACCUAUGCUCCACGUCGUGACGGGUAUGCUGGCGAUGAAUCCAUACGACCGACCUCCAGCGAUUGAAGUGCAACAGCGCAUUUAUCAGAUUCUGACUGAAGUUUGUGGUAUUUCAGAGCCACACUGCGUACAUCAGUACGCCCACGAUCUCGAAUCCUCGUUCGGGGGUUUGCAGAUUCAGGCUGCUGGUGAUGGCAUGAUGGGCGUCAGUCCGCCUGGAGGAUCCAACACUACCUAUGGGACACCACGGACGUAUGAACACAGCCGAAAUGGCAGCAGUGGAGGAUAUUCACAAGUAAGCCGGACGACAGGAAGCAGCGAAACCGACAUGGAUGCUAUACACAGCGUAGGGUCAGUCGGUCUUCAACAGAUACGGACUCAGGGUUCAUGGCCUCGCAAUAUCGCGUAUACGCAGCACACGAGCGUAGCGCAAUACCCCGUGGGCCAAUGGGAUUCCACGUGA